CCCGUCCAUUGUUCUCGGUGCGCCUCGGGCUGGAGCCGCAGUGAAUCCGGAGGGGCCGGGCUGUGCCCGGGGGUGCUUUUGCACGCGGAGCGGCCACGGGAGCAGGCCUGGUCUCCUGAGAGCACAUUACUUGUUGAAAUUUGAGAAGGGAGGUGUCUUCUCAGAGAGCCUGGCUGGAGGAGACUGAAGUUCAAGGCUAGAAGCCUGAGUGAUUGGCUGAAGAACUGGAUGAUGGCUGCAGAGGUGCCGAGAGUAACCACUCCGCUGAGCCCUUUGGUCCAGGUGCCUCAAGAGGAAGAUGACCAGGAGGAGGAGGUCACCACCGUGAUCCUGGAGGACGACUCCUGGGUGCAGGAAGCUGUGCUGCAGGAAGAUGGCCCUGAGUCCGAGCCCUUUCCCCAGAGUACUGGCAAGGGCAGCCCACGCGAGGAGGUGGCUGGAGGACCACAGGGUGCACUCGGCCGCCUUCGAGAGCUCUGUCGGCGCUGGCUGAGGCCGGAGGUGCACACCAAGGAGCAGAUGCUGACCUUGCUGCCAAGGGAAAUUCAGGCCUGGCUGCAAGAACAUCGGCCCGAAAGCAGCGAGGAGGCAGUGGCCCUGAUGGAAGACUUGACCCAGACCCUUCGGGACAGUGAUUUUGAGAUCCAGAGUGAAAAUGGAGAGAACUCUAACCAAGGCAUAUUUGAGGAUGUGGAAUCACAUGAGAUCUUCUCAGAAAUGCCUGAAGGGGAGGGCAUUCAGCAGUCUGACUGGGAAAGUGACUUUGAGAGAGACUGUGGCUCCAGGGGGCCCCAGGGAGAGGCCCCAGGUGAGGACCAUGGGGAGGCGCCACAGCAGGGCAGGGAAGUCGGACAGCUCAUAGGCCUUCAGGGCACCUACCUGGGUGAGAAGCCCUAUGAAUGUCCCCAGUGUGGGAAAACCUUCAGCCGGAAAUCCCACCUAAUCACACAUGAGCGGACCCACACGGGAGAGAAGUACUACAAAUGUGAAGAAUGUGGAAAAAGCUUUAGUGAUGGUUCAAACUUUAGUAGACACCAAACUACUCACACCGGGGAGAAACCUUAUAAAUGCAGGGAUUGUGGGAAAAGCUUUAGCCGGAGCGCAAACCUCAUAACCCACCAGAGAAUCCACACGGGAGAGAAACCCUUUCAAUGUGCCGAGUGUGGCAAGAGUUUCAGCAGGAGCCCUAAUCUCAUCGCUCAUCAGCGAACCCACACGGGAGAGAAACCGUACUCGUGCCCUGAGUGUGGAAAGAGCUUCGGCAACCGGUCCAGCCUUAAUACACAUCAGGGAAUCCACACUGGAGAAAAGCCCUACGAAUGUAAAGAAUGUGGCGAAAGCUUUAGUUACAACUCCAACCUAAUCAGGCACCAGAGGAUCCACACCGGAGAGAAACCAUACAAGUGUCCAGACUGUGGGCAGAGGUUCAGUCAGAGCUCAGCCCUCAUCACCCACCGGAGAACUCACACGGGAGAGAAGCCUUAUCAGUGCAGCGAGUGCGGGAAGAGCUUCAGUCGCAGCUCCAACCUGGCCACACACCGCAGAACCCACAUGGUGGAGAAGCCCUACAAAUGUGGGGAGUGUGGAAAGAGCUUCAGCCAGAGCUCCAGCCUGAUUGCACACCAGGGCAUGCACACGGGCGAGAAACCCUACGAGUGCCUGACGUGUGGGGAGAGCUUCAGCUGGAGCUCCAACCUCAUCAAGCACCAGAGGAUCCACACGGGAGAGAAACCCUACAAAUGCGGUGAAUGUGGGAAAUGCUUCAGCCAGCGCUCCCAGCUGGUGGUGCACCAGAGGACCCACACGGGCGAGAAGCCCUAUAAAUGCCUCAUGUGCGGUAAAAGCUUCAGCCGGGGCUCCAUUCUGGUCAUGCACCAGCGAGCCCACCUGGGAGACAAGCCCUACAGGUGUCCCGAAUGUGGGAAAGGCUUUAGCUGGAAUUCAGUUCUUAUUAUACAUCAGCGAAUCCACACAGGGGAGAAGCCCUACAAAUGCCCUGAGUGUGGCAAAGGCUUCAGCAAUAGCUCCAAUUUUAUUACACAUCAGAGAACUCACAUGAAAGAGAAACUUUAUUGACAUGGCAGAGAGCCAAAGUGAGGGGACUGGCCCAGGAGAGGAAAUUGUCACACUGCCCCAAACAGGAACGUCUCUUUAGAAGAGCUGUUCUUCCUAAAUGCUCUUUGGGGAUUUUUGCCAGAAUCUUACCCCUGCUCAUCCUCAUUUCUAGGAUACCAUCAUCUUAGUGGUUGGAGUCAAACCCCAAGAACAGAGCGUAGGAAUGGAAGGUUGGAAAGUUGGGUCUUUUUCUGUUAAUGUCACAACUUGAUUGGCUCCUUCUCUUCUGAUCCUCUGUGCCUCAGUUUCCUCUUUGGUAGAACAAGGGGGAAGUGUUCUCCAUGUGGAACAGAAGACAGCAUGCCCAUACCCCGGGCUGAGUCCUCAGAGAAAUACAGGGAAUCUAUUGGUUGAUCUGUUGGUUUUGCUGCCACCUGUUGGGCUGAGGUGCCUUCACCCUGCGCUGCUAGCAUUCCAAGCCCCCUGCCCAUGUCAGAACCGGCUCUUCCUGGCUUUGUGUCCUGGGCUUUGAUUUCAGGUCAGGGUGGAGGGGCUUCUCCAAUUGUGAGUCAUCCACGUGAAGGUAAAGCCCUUUUCUAUUUCUAGAAAUUGUCAGGAACACCGAAACACGAGGGAGUGUGGCAUGGAACCAGUGUCCCAGUAACCUUUCCAAUUGAUGGGAAUUGAAACAGGGCCUGCCAGAAAAGGUAUAAAGUGAGGAAAUUCACGUAUUUGCCUUUGUCUCUGCUUACUAUCCUAUGGUAAGUUGGCUGCCAGGGGAACACAGUUCUUGUGGGGUUUCAUGUUUUGAGUGUGAAGAGAAGGCA